AUGACUCUCUACUUCUCACUUGUCUUCCUCCUAUUGGUCUUCGAGAUGGCUGUAUUCCUGGCCCUCGUCAUCCCUCUUCCCCACACGAUUAAGCGCAAGCUGUUUGCCUUCAUCUCGGAGAGCCCGCUAAUUGCCAAGCUGCAAUAUGGAAUGAAGAUUACAUUUAUCUUCAUCCUCAUUUUGUUCAUUGACUCCGUGAACCGCGUGUAUCGUGUGCAGCAGGAGCUGUCCGCUUUCACCAAGGAUGGUCCUGGCAUGGGAGCCGCACACCUCGGUACCGACCGCAUGGAGGUCCAGGCCCGCAAGUUCUACUCGCAGCGCAACAUGUAUCUCUGUGGAUUUACUCUGUUCCUCUCCCUCAUCCUCAACCGCACCUAUACCAUGAUUCUUGAGACCCUCCGCCUUGAGGACCGCGUUCGUCUCUUCGAGGGCGACAAGAAGGCCGGCGGCAAGGACUCUGCCCGCAUCGCGGAGGCUGGCUCAAUCGGCGAGAUUGGUCGCCUCAAGGAGAUCAUUGAGGCUAAGGAUCGUGAUAUUGAGACUCUCAAGAAGCAGUGCGAGGGCCUGACCCGCGAGUACCACAACUUGGGCGAUCAGGUUUCGAGCCAGAAGGGUGAGAUCAACGAGAAGCAGGACAAGAAAGACCUUUAA